AGCCUCAGAAAAAAUCAUUAUCACAAUCCCGAGAAAACCUGUCCUCGUCCUCCGGGCUAUCACGGCGUCAGGUUUCCGUAUCCGAUCGUACGUACGUGUCCACCACCCUCUUCAUCUCUAUCCUCUUCCCCUCAAAGUUAGCGCCUUCCCCUGUUCCUGUCCCCCUGAAGAAUCGAGCUUUUCAGAUUCACCUAAGAUCACAACCCAGAUUCAGUAAUCAACAAACGUUGCUGAUUUUGAUUCCUGGGUUUCUGAGAAGCCCAUGUGGCCAUGUUUCCCAUAGGCUCUGUGUUGGCCUCUGUUUGCUUUACAUUCCUGUCUUUAAACUUGUCUCAGAAGAUCUACAAGUUCAGAUUCAAGCUCAAGGCUUAGAGUUUUUUAGACCUUGAAGAGUUUCUGAGUUUGUGAAUCAUUGUCUACUUUCGGGUUGUUGGGUGAUGGGUGCUAAUUUAUCGGGUGGGGUUUCGGACAUGGAGGGUACUGUGAAGCCGAGGCUUGGGGAUAUACCAGAGAGCUGUGUGGCAUUGGUUUUGAUGAACAUGGAUCCUCCUGAUAUUUGCAAGCUGGCCCGGUUGAACCGGGCUUUCCGAGGCGCUUCGUGGGCCGAUUUCAUCUGGGAAUCGAAGUUGCCGACGAAUUAUCAGUUCAUUGUGGACAAGGUGUUUGAUGAGAAGAUGUUGGUGAAGUGUUCAGGGAAGAGGGAUAUGUAUACCACACUUUGUAAGUCGAUUUCCUUUGAUGAUGGAACAAAGGAAAUUUGGCUGGAUAAGAACAAGGGUGGUAUUCAUCUGUCGAUUUCGUCAAAGGCGUUAUCGAUUACAGGGAUAGACGACAGAAGAUAUUGGAAUUUCAUAGCAAGUGAUAGAUCUAGGUUUCAGACAGUGGCUUAUCUCCAACAAACUUGGUGGUUUGAAGUUAAUGGAGAAUUCGACUUUCAAUUUCCAUUAGGGAAAUAUAGCCUGUUCUUUAGGCUCCACCUCGGAAAAUCCUCCAAGAGACUUGGUCGCCGAGUAUGCAAUUCGGAGCAUGUUCAUGGCUGGAACAAAAAACCAGUGAAGUUUGAGCUUACAACUUCUAAUGGUCACCGGUCUGUAUCAGAAUAUUACUUGGACAGCCCUGGAAACUGGGUGAAUUAUCGUGUGGGAGAUUUUGUUGUUGACAACCCUCAUGCUUUGAUCAAGAUCAAAUAUUCUAUGACCCAGAUCGAUUGUACUCACACCAAAGGUGGAGUCUGUGUCGACUCUGUUUUGAUUCGUCCUUGCAGUGCAGGAAAGUAAAAGAGCAUUGGCUGGUUUUGUUAGGUGGUAGAAGUUGCAAUUUACUAGUUGCAGUGAGUGAGAGAUGGAGAUUACUGGUUGGUUUUAGGGGCACGUAAUCUCUUGUAGGAGUGAAGGUUGUGUAUUUUAAACCUUUUGUUAGGAAUUUUGAGUGUUGUUUGCUGUUGAGUUUUACCAGAAGAAGAAAAUGCUGUGAUGUAUUGCGAGUUGUGAGUCUUAUAAACACUAUCAAUAAUAAUUGAGAAAGCACUUUCGUUCUUGUU